AUGAAUUUUGUGAAAACUCAUAUAUAUGAGCAGGUAUAUACUGAUGAAGGGAUACAAGAACUAGAAAAAGAUGCUAGAAGUAAAAAGGAAUUAGUUGAAAAUAAAAUAUUAAUGGGAUUGCCAGAAUUUAAGAGAGAUAAUCAAUUUUUAAGUUUAUCUGAGCAAUUAGAACUGAAAAAAAAUAAUGUGACAUUAGACGGCGACGAUAAUAAUAAAAAUCUAUACGGUCUCCCUAGUUUAGAGGAAGAAGAUUUAGAAUAUUACGAAAGUUAUGCAAAAAAUGAUAAUUAUAGUACUGAAAAAUUAAAAGCGAGAGAAGAAGAAGUAGUGAAUGAAUUUAAUGAAGCAAUUAAGGGUUAUGUAAAAAAAAAAAGAGAAAAAGAAACAAAUAUAGAUAUUUCAAAAGAAAAUAUUAAUCUAAGUGAAAUUAAAAAGAGUAUAAAUAAAAAAAAAACAAUUGAAUUAAAGCCAACUGUAAAAGCAAUAAUUAAAACAAAAAAAAGCAAAAACACUAUUAAGAAUGAAAGUAAAAAAAAAAAUUCGAAAGAAUUAUGUGAAAAUAAAAAAAAUGAAAUAGAAAGAAAUUCAUUGUUACUUGAUUAUUCAGAUAAGUCCGAAAAUUAA